AUGCACAAACGGCACCUUGUCUCUGGUCUUCCCAGGGUUCUCCCUCCCCUCCCACCCUCGCCUGCGCCUCCCUGUCUUCCCUGUGUCGAGGGGCGGCAGCGCGCCGCUCCUCACUCCUCCUUUCCCCCGAUGACUGCUCCCUUGCAGACGCUCCACCUGGACGUGUGGGGCCCAGCCCGCGUCCGUGGACAGGAUCAGGAGAGGUACUUCCUGAUUGUUGUUGACGACUACUCGCGCUACACCAUGGUCUUCCCCUUGCGCACCAAGGGUGAGGUCCCUGCUGUCUUGAUCCCUUGGAUCCGCAGAGCUCGUCUCCAGCUCAGCGAGCGUUUUCGCUCGGACUUUCCUGUCCUGCGUUUGCACUCUGACAAAGGUGGUGAGUUCUCCUCCGACCUCUUGGCAGCCUACUGUGCAGAGCACGGCAUUGAGCAGUCGUUCACGCUUCCAGCCUCUCCACAGCAGAAUGGGGUUGCUGAGCGCCGCAUUGGCUUGGUCAUGGAGGUCGCUCGUACCUCCUUGAUCCAUGCGGCUGCCCCCCACUUUCUGUGGCCGUUUGCGGUCCGAUACGCUGCGCAUCAGCUCAACCUCUGGCCCCGUGUCUCCUUGCCUGAGACUUCUCCGACACUGCGUUGGAUGGGAGAGGUUGGCGAUGCGUCGCGUUUUCGGGUCUGGGGAUCCCGAGCUUUUGUUCGCGAUACGUCCGCGGACAAGCUCUCCUCUCGCGCUGUUCCUUGUGUCUUCCUUGGCUUUGUCCCUGACGCACCUGGUGCUGCUGUGCUAGACCCCCUCCCCCCUCAGGGUGCCGCUCCCUCAGGUGUGUCCCAGGUAGACCCGGUUGAGCCUGUCGAGGUAGCUGUCGACUCUCGUCCUGCUUGGGGUACUGAGCCUGCGGGUGCUGAGCGUGAGGGUGCGGAGCCUGCGGUUGCGGAGCCUGGGGGUGCGGAGUCUGGGGGUGCUGAGUCUGGGGGUGCUGAGCCUGGAGGUGCUGAGCCUGGGGGUGCUGAGUCUGGGGGUGCUGAGUCUGGAGGUGCUGAGCCUGGGAGUGCUCCACCUGGAGGAGCCCUCUCCUCGCAGCAGCUGCAGGAGAGGUACUUACAGUACUGCAGCCUCAGGAGAGGUACUAGUGCUUUCCCUCCUGGCCAGGAGCUCCCCUCCCUUCAGCAGAUCCGAGAGUGGUACACGCGGCGCUGCAGCCUUCGGAGUGGCGCUCCUGGUGUCGCGCACCCUGGAGUUGGCGCUGUGACUGGUGCUGAGGACCCGGACGUUGGAGCUGCUGCUGGUGCUGUGGACCCUGGAGCUGGCACUGUGGCUGGUGCUGAGGACACGGGCGUUGGAGCUGCUACUGGUGCUGACGACCCUGGAGUUGGCGCUGUGGCUGGUGCUGAGGACCCGGGCGUUGGAGCUGCUACUGGUGCUGCGGACCCUGGAGUUGGCGCUGUGGCUGGUGCUGAGGACCCGGGCGUUGGAGCUGCUACUGGUGCUGCGGACCCUGGAGUUGGCGCUGUGGCUGGUGCUGAGGACCCGGGCGUUGGAGCUGCUACUGGUGCUGCGGACCCUGGAGUUGGCGCUGUGGCUGGUGUUGAGGACGCGGGCGUUGGAGCAGCUGUUGGUGCUGCGGACCCUGGAGUUGGAGCUGCUGCUGGUGCUGAGGACCCUGCCGCUGGUGUCUCUGCUGGAGGUCUUACGGAGCGUCGUGAGCCUGAGUCUCGUCCUGUGUUGCCUGAGUCUCGCUCUGCGUCACCUGUUAGUGCUGCUCGCACUGGUCGUCGUGUCCCACGUCAGCGUCCUCCUGCUGUCCCAGGCACUCACCAGAUGGUGCUCCGUCGCUCCACUGCUCCCCAGCGUGUCCCUCUGCCGUCUCCUCCUGCGUCCUCUCUUCCUACUCUUCCUGACCCGGAGUCUGACUCCCAUCGUGCUGCCAGUCCCACUGUCACACGUCUCCUCGCCACUGUUGUCACUGACCCUACCUUUGAGUCCUCUGCUACGUCUGCUCUGGUCGCUGAGUUGGUUGACUUUGCUGCCAGGUGUCGUCUAGACUACGCCGCUAGCCUUGUUGCUGAGUCUGAGUCUGUCUGUCCUCCGUCCGUCGGGGGUGAGUGUGCUCUUGGCACGGACGUCCUUGAGGACAGACAGGAGGAGUUCUAG